CAGAGCAGAGAGAGACAACAAACAGAGAGGAUCGCUUUGAGGACGACAACUGAAAUUUAUCGACGUAUUCUUACAGUUUUUGGAUGUGUCAGGAUGUGAAGCUCAAACUGUGCGUUUUUAAAUGCUGGAUUUGAGCCGCCGGCGGGGCGCCAUGGACGGGAUAAACCGGUGACAGUACCGUUACUACUUUGACAUUCCUCACCGGGAGCCUCGGUGCCUCAGCUUCACUGUGAGUUUAUCUAUGGCGUCUGUUUCAGCCCUUUGAAUUAGCGCUGUAGCUGUCGUUAUCACGGCUCUAGCUAACGGUGACGGCCCGGGAUGUGGCACAUUAGUCGGUGAGAACAGAUGCUGGUGAUCCGCGGUUUCUGGACCAGUUUGAUGGAUUUCCUCCAGCUUCACUGUGAAUAAAUCAGCGAGAUGUAUGCCGGGCGGAAAAGAAGAAAACCGGCCCAGAAAGGAGUCAAACCGCCCCCCAUCGAAGGCGUCAAAUCCAACCCAUCCAAACGCCACCGUGACCGCCUGAACUCAGAGUUGGACCGGCUCGCCAGCCUCUUGCCCUUCCCUGAAGAUGUCAUAUCGAGCCUGGACAAGCUGUCCAUCCUGAGGCUCAGCGUCAGCUACCUGCGCACCAAGAGCUUCUUUUCAGUGGCACUCAAGAACCGGCCAUCCAGUGGCACGAACAGGAGCAGCGAUCACAACAUUGCCAGCAAGACGACGGGCACUGCAGAGAUCCAGAUACCCGAGGGGGAGCUGCUUCUUCAGGUCCUGAACGGCUUCGUUCUGGUGGUCACAGCUGAGGGAAUCAUCUUCUUCUGCUCUCACACCAUCCAGGAUUACCUCGGCUUCCAUCAGACUGAUGUGAUGCACCAGAGUGUGUUUGAGCUGAUCCACACUGAUGACCAGCAGGAGUUCAAGAGGAACCUGCACUGGGCCCUCAACCCCCCUGUGAGCCUUGAACCCCCAACAGAUCCUCCAGAUGGGAAAUCGGUGUCGACGUCUUCCUGCCUGGUGAGCUAUAAUCCCGAACAGCUUCCCCCUGAAAACUCGUCCUUCCUGGAGCGAAGUUUCGUCUGCCGCUUCCGCUGUUUGUUGGACAAUUCCUUCGGCUUCCUGGCGCUGAACAUCCAGGGCCGGCUGAAGUUCCUUCACGGCCAGAGCCGGCAUCAGUGCGAUAGCGACCGAACCGCGCCGCCCCAGCUGGCACUCUUUGCCAUCGCCACGCCCCUCCAGCCUCCAGCCAUCCUGGAAAUCAGGACGCGGAACAUGAUCUUCAGGACCAAACACAAGCUGGACUUCACGCCCAUGGCGUGCGAUGCAAAGGGUAAAAUAGUUCUGGGAUACACCGAGGCGGAGCUGAGAGUGCGAGGUUCAGGAUACCAGUUCAUCCACGCUGCUGACAUGCUGUACUGCGCCGAAAAUCACGUCCGUAUGAUAAAGACGGGUGAGAGCGGCCUCACCGUCUUUAGGCUGCUCACCAAGGACAACAGGUGGAAGUGGGUCCAGGCCAACGCCCGGCUCAUUUACAAGAACGGCAAGCCGGACUACAUCAUCGCCACUCAGAGGCCUUUGGCGGACGAAGAAGGAGGGGAACACCUGAGGAAGAGAUCUAUGCAUCUCCCCUUCACCUUUGCCACCGGUGAGGCUUUGCUCUACCAAACUGGAUAUCCGCUGCACGGCUUCUCCGACCCGCUCCAGGGCAAAGCCAGAGGCAGCAAGUCCAAGAAAAGCAAAGGAGAGAAGGGCUCUUCAGAUGAGCUGGACCCAAAGUCCCUACUGGGGGCACUGAUGAGUCAGGAUGAGUCUGUAUACGUAUGCCAGCCAGACACGGAGCCUAAAGUGUCCUACCACAGCACCCUUUUCAGCGAGCAGCAGAGCAGGGCUGAUGGUCUGGGUGCUUUGUUCACUGGUGACAGCUGGUAUGUUGUCUCUAGCGAGGAGUCGCCAGGGGAACGCAACGGCAAAACCUCCAGUUUUGACCCCCUUCUGACCACGUUGGACUCUCUGUCUCUCGACGGAGAGGAAACAUGCUCCAACAGCGAACUGUUCAGCGCCCUGGAGAAUCUGGGCCUGAAUGCCGAGGACCUGGAGCGGCUGCUGCUGGACGAGAGGAUGAUGCAUGUGGAACUGGACCCAGAUCACAUCCCAACUCUCAGUGACCUUCUCACCAACAACGAAAUCCUCUCCUACAUUCACGACUCUCUGGAGGGUGCCAGCGAGAGGCAGGAACAGGUGAACACAGGCAGAUUUGGGUCCUCAAACCACCAGUCAAACUCAGACUCUGCCCAAAGUGUCUCCCAGCAGGCGUGCUUGACUGCUGGACCAGUGACGGGGGGACCUGACAGUCACUGGGUGGUACGGACGGGGAACCACCACAACCGCCAUCACACCAACCAUAACAAAGCCAUGGAGCUGGACAGCAAACAUGUGGACGCUCCACAGUGGCAGCUGCAACAGGAACAGCUCUCUGCCCCCCUCCAGUACCUGCAGGUAAGCAGUGAGAGCACUCUGUUGUCUGGCUUCCAGAAUAAUCCUCUCAGACCAACUUUAAACGGGUCUUACAUCCCAAAUGGACUCUCAGCUUUUCCCCCAAGCGUGGCUGCUGGACACCAACAUUACAGCGUCAGUGGCGCAGACGGCGCAGUGUUAAAUGACUCAACGUUACAGGAGGUCUGUCAAAGUUUGGUGAGCACUGCGCAGCCCUACCAGCUGCUGGGACACCAUAAGCAGGAACAGACUGAGGAGUUGGAGCAGUUACUGGUCCUGACACAGCCGCCGCACAGUGUACCAUCCUUAGAGACCUACGGCGUGUUUUCUGCCACCCAAGACUCCACUCACAGCAAGCUGGAGAAUGGCUGCCUCCUUGGAACCGCAAGCGCGGCGUACGUCAGGACGUGUCUGAUGUCCAAUGGGAACGCAGUGGCCACAGGCGACAUCCCAGUCCCAUGCCCAGAUGGACUUCCUACCCUUCAGGACUCCCAGAAAUCUGGAUUUUUCCUCUGAGAAGGUAGAACAGAAAAGAGAAGAAGAAAAACAGACUGUGUCUGCAUGUGACAAUCAUGAUUUUAUAAGGAUGCAAACAAAAAAGACUUCAGAUCAGGUUCUCUUUAAUAGCAUUUGUUUCAUCUCACCUGUGCUGCUCAGAAAACAUCAGAUCUCCUCUGGUAGAGGAAGAGAACAAGCUCUCUCUGAAAGUGUCCACAUCUGGUUCAAACAUGUGGUCCCGACGAUCUGUCAGGGUCUUUUCCAGUUUGCUGACUCAGCUGACCGCAACUGGAUUUUUGCUGUCAAGCCAAAACUCAUCACUUUGUGACCGGUGUGUAAACAGUUAAUCGAACAGAAAAUAAGUGGAAGACGCAAUUACACUCAAUUACCGCACUUUUUUAUCUUUAUUAUCUCUCUUUGGUGCUCAAAAUAACAAACGUCAACAAAAAGGCCGGUUUUAGUGGCACAUAAUGUGAAAACUGAACUAUUCAAGUACUGCUGGCCAUUUUUUUAACUGUAUGCACACCCAGCUGUUGGUUUAAGUUCAGUCUGAAAUGAUCUUCAAGUUUAAAAGACUUUAACUCUCAAACCAGUGAGCUGUUUUUCCUGAUUAAACUCUGUUAUAACAUGUCCGAGCUUCAGUUACACGAAUUAAAGAUGCUUUAGAAGCAUAGCAGCUAAUCACACACACACAUUUAUAGUUGUAAUAAUUUACUGUACCCAUUAACCUAACUUCCAUUAACUUGAGUGUGAUAGAAUCUAUCCUGCUUGUUCCUAUGAAAACCUUUUUGAUCACCACUUUAUAUUCAUGCAAAUAUCUUGAAAAAUAUAGAAAUAAAUACAAAUAUUCAAGUAAUAAAAUAAAUACAGGCAAACACUUUGAGCAUGAGCUUUGAGAAGUGAUCUCUAUGGUAGUUGAGAAGGACCAAAACUUACACGCUGAGCAUUAAUAAAAAUAAAAUAUCACAUAUGCUGCAUCAAGCAACAGCAAUCAGUCAGCAAAUCUUUAUUUGUAUAGCAUCUUUCAUGCAGCUCAGUGCAGUUUAAUGUACUUGAUUGAUGAAUGACGAGCUGGUAAUAGGACAUUAGCUUGCAAUGUUAGCCAAUUUUAAAAAUAAAUUAAAAAGGCAGCAGAUUAAGUAAAACAGAAAUUUUAAACGGUCUUUGGACAUGAUGAAAGUAAAACAGAUGAAAUAAUAAAUAAAGAUAUAUAAAAUGAGGUCAGAUAAAAUACAAUAAAAAGCAAAAAAAAAUCAUAAAUAGAAUGAAAUGUUUAUUAAUGAAAAAGGUCUAAUGAGUAAGUAAAAUUAAAAUAAUUUUAUUCAGUAACAAUCCUGAAGAACUUUUUAUCAAUGAUUUGCAGAUUGCAUGUAAUUGCCAACUUGACCCCAUUCAGUUGCAGACUGAUUGCAGACUCUGUCUUAUUGCAACAAAGUUGCUUUGAAGUCAGUGGAUUUUGUGGAGAAACACUCAAAAUAUUUCACAUGACUGAAAUGUCUGAAAAAUGGUUUUCAAAACAGGGAAGUGAUUAGAAGAUAAGAUCAAAUCAAAGCAUCGAAUUCGGACAUAGAACAAAUCAUGCUUGCCACUAUCUUUGCCACACUAGUGAAUAAUUCCUGUCAAAACUAUGAAACGUUGUAGAAAAAUAGACUGAUGAAUCCAGGAAACAUUUUUAUGACAUGGUGUUGGGUCACGUGAAGGUUAAAGUCUUUAAAUCCUCUGAGAGUUAAUUCAACACAACCUUGAUGAUGCUUUGACCAAAAAAAACAAAAAACGAAUCUCCUGUAAAGCCUUGAGUCUGCAGCUCGACUUAAACUGCAUUUUCUCAGCAAACUCAAACCAACAGCUGCCUUUAAAGUAGGAAACAUUUUAGCUUAAACCUCAUGGUGUGGUGUGCUUAGAAAACUGGUCACAAGGAGUCAUUUGAAACAUUAAAAACCACUAGUGAAGACUUUAAUCAUAUACAAUCUGCAGUAUAUUUGAAUGCAAACAUUUUGAGCCAUUCAUUUAUGGAAAACGCUGUGACGUCAGAUCAGAGAAACAAACAGAUUAUUUAAACAUCAGUGUUCGUUUUGUCACCUAGAUGUAGAUCAACUGUGGGGUUAGUAGUUUUUUUCCCUGGUGCUACAUAUUGGAAAAUAAGCAUUUCUUUCCUAUUGAUGUUGUUUUAAAUGAGAUUUUCUUUGUCUUUUAAAAUAUGUGGAGAAAGGUUAAAAGGAACCCCGACUAUUUCAGCUUAUUGGCCUUAAUGUCCUCUGCUGAUCAAGCAAAUCCUAAAUGCUUCAGGUAUAUUUUGACCUACGAAAGCUGCCGUUAGUUUACAUGUGCAAUGCAUUCAGCUCAAAAUUACACAAAGGAUGAAGUACUGUGAUAUCAUUUCCGGUGCUUUGGUCCAAAUAAAGUUGAUUCAAUUUAAUGGCACCAAAUCACAACAGCAGUUGCCUCAAGGUGCUUUAUAUUGUAAGGUAGAGACCCUACAAUAAUACACAGAAAACCCAACAAUCAGAGGAGCCUCUAUGAGCAAGCACUUGAUGACAGUGGGAAGAAAAAACUCCCUUUUAGCAGGAAGAAACGUCCAGCAGAGCCGGGCUCAGCCAUGAGUCAGUAAGGGGAGAGGGGUUUAGACACAUGGAUGUGAUAUAAGAAACUUAGAGGAUUAUUACAGUGGUCAUCUUCAUGUUGUACAGCUCGAGUAGUCUAGCGAAAGGGCCGAACAGAAAAAGUGUCUGUCUUGCUGUAGGGACCAUUAGAUGUCUCUACCCAGAGUGCACUGCAACAUGGCAGCCUAUUAGUGAAAGGACUUUUGCAGUUUUCAUAAAAUGAAGGCACAAGAUGACAUCACAAGCUCUACACGAUUUCAUAAUCUGGGUUCCUUUUAAGAUCAGAGAGGACUAGCAGAUGGUUUUUAUCGGUUCACCCUAAUGCUGCAUUUUUGCCUUUUUGAAGUUUACACCAAUGUCAUGCACCGGCUUGGGCGGUCUGAUUUGUCGAUCAGCGGCGCUGAAAUCAAACAUCAAAGAGCAUUUUUUGGUUCGUUUCCUGACCAGAGACAGUGUGAAAAUCUCCCGUUAAUGCCUUUCAGCCUGUCAGACUUCCCUCAAAGUGUGAAUAACUAAAAAGAGGAAGGUGAAACAACAUCGCUACCGCGUGAUUGAGAAAAUAUUUUAUUCUCAUAUCUAAAGUGAGAACUUGUAGCUGGUUUAGCACUGACUGACUUCCACACUUUAAACCCUGGUGCACAUUAAUUAGCAGUAUUAGAGCUCACCUGGCUGGGCUUUCUUCACGUGAAGCCCCUGUUGACCCUGACGGUUGUGUAAUGUCUGAAAAUGUCUCGCUCACUGAGACUGUGAUCCAGCUGUUCUAAAGGUAGUUUACUGAUUUUCUUUGAUGCUACUAUACGGACAAUCUUCCUCUUCAAUAAAACAGGCCAGAAACAUGAUUCGUGCUGCCGUCAGAGGGACGUCAAAGCUUACAGCCCACUGCGUUCAUGUCAUGUCAGAUUAACUGGAACUGAAGAAGUUAUUAAAGUGAUGGCAAUCAAUAUGUCUGCACGAUCAGAGGGUUAAACUGGGGCUGUCCGCUGAUAACCACAAUAUUUAAAUAUUUAAUAUUGUGUCAUGAACGAUCGUGUAACUGUUCUUUUUGUAUGUGUUUUAUGUUGACAACACACAGUAAUAAAAAAACAAAAUGUGCUUGCCUCACAAAAAUAUUGUUAUCGGAAAUUGUGACAGCCCUAGUUUAAAUCCAGAAACUUCACAGACAGUAGCAUUUUUUUUUAUCGUUCCUCUCAUCCCUCUUUGCAAAAUGUGCAAAAUGUGCAAAACGUGAAUUCUGAAGUGUGACUUCAAAUUGUGAAGCAAAAGUAAAAUGAAAACUAAAGCCAAAGUUUUUCUCUCACACGAUAUAAAGUGUCUGUGAGACCAUCAGGAUUUUUGGUUGGUGCCUCAGCGAUUAAUCACAGGCUGAUAUUAGCUGGUAUUGGUAUUUAAAACAACCUGUAAAUGAAAAUUAAAUAAAAAACACCCUUCAACCAUGCUAUGAGUGUUAAGCUUGCAUAGUAUGUCCACCAGAGGGCACUCUGCAACAUUCUGGUUUGUAAUUCGAGUUUGGAAGACCCUAAAACUGCAUUACUGCACUCAGUAUGAACAAUGCACAAUACAAAUAUUACAGCAUAGCUAAAAACUUAUUUUUAUCUGUAACAGUGUAAGAAUAAAAACCUCAAUUCAGUUGUAAGAAAUGUAAUUGUGACAUGCCAAUUUCAUGCUUCUGAUACGAGGGUAAAAUUAAUACACUUUAAUAGUUGUAAACCUCACAGCGAGGCAUGACAAGGAUCUUUAAUCUAUAAAGCUAUGAUUAUGAUUUAGUUCUCUGAAGUCUGCGCGUGAGUAGCUGUUGUAUUAUAACGUAAAGAAGUCACUAAAAACUCUUGGGUUGACCCUAACACUCACUAUUUGAUGAUGAAAUUAACCCAAGUGAACCCUACAGGACUCACGGACACGUAACUUAAACAUUGCUUUCCCAGAUUUGUAAAAUAAAAAUAUAAAUGUACUGAAUUAGUGAAAUGUUAAUAGAUAAAUACAAUCAACAUAAAAAAAUGUCCUGGAGUUACUCACCUGUUUCAGUUGCCCUAGUUCCCUUUCAGCUCAGUGUGAGAGUCUUUGCUGCUGUUAAUCAGCGCCUCGUUAGUUUCUCCUUUCUCCGCUCCCUCACUGCGAGUGAACCUCCUCACUCGCAACGUUAACACGUUAUGCUACUGUAAGCGUAAUAAAAGCUUCCCCAGAAAUGUUAAAUCAAGCAUAACGUGGAGGAGGCAACAAGGAAAGCUUUUCUGUCGUGUUGACUCACGUCGCCGAAAGUUUGGGAUGAAAUAAAAAUGUGGAAAAGUUGUGGAAAAAAUGAUUCUUUGACCUCAUAAACACAAAGCAUUAAUUUUUAAUGGAAUGCAACUGAAAUACAGAAAAUAAAAGUUUUAUUUACUUCAUUGAGGAGUGUGCUUGUAUAAACUGAAUGUAUACUAAUCGCAUAAAUUUCAUUUGAGCAGAUUCCAUUAAACUCAACAUUUUACGUCGUAUCAUUUAACAAAAUUACAGAACAUUUACUUAAAGUCAGCAUUUUGGGCAUAAAUAGCCUUUUGCUGUUUGUAUUCUCCAUGCAGUUUUAGCACUCUUUGUGCAGCUUUUUAAAUCAAGAUCAGUCCACAUAUUUAAUUAUGUGAAAUUAUAAAAACUUAGUUUAGACAUCAGUUGAACUGGUUUUGUCUUCACUUGAGGCUGUGGACUUCCUGUGGCUGCUCACUAACUAGCUGAAAGGCAUUGUUGCACCUUAAGAGAGCCGUUUCAAGACACACUGACAGGUUUUGUCUUGGUGCGUAUAAUGUGGCAGGGAACAACAUCAUUAUUUUAGCUUUGUGUUUUGACAUAUAUUAGCUCAGCAGUGACAUGACAUGAACGGAGAUAUUAAGAGCAGCUGGAGGGCAGACGGGACAGCAUUUAGCACUGACUUAGAAACCAAAUGAGGCGCUCUGUUGUUGAAUGUCUCGUGAGAACCACGAAGCUUUGAACUCGCCACAGAAAGGUGCUUAGAAGCAAUUUUUGGCUUAAGUUAGCCGACGACAAUCGAAAUGCAUUUAUAGAUUUGCCUCUUUGUUUUUGUUUUUUCCUUUUCUUACUGACUUUUUCUUACGAUCAGAUUAUGAUCAGAUUUUUCUUAAUACAGAUUAUUUAAAAUCAGUAGUCAGAUCACACACUGAUACGCUGUAUGGAAGAAAAAAAAACUUUAUGAAAUCUCAAGGCUAUUUACAAACUGAAAAACUAAUUGUGUGUGUGUGUAUAUGAUGUGUUUAUAAUGGUGUUGUUCAAGCACUGCUUUGUAAUCACAGCUCUGAAAAGCUCUUGCACUGAAAGUAGUUUUUAAGAAAAGCAUUUUAUGAUUCCUUGUCGUAUGAAUAUUGUCCCUAAGAGUCUCAGUGUGUUUUAUCUAUAUGUCAUGUUUGAAAACACGUUAGCUCAAAGCAGUAUGGUGCCAUAACGAUGAGGAAAGACCUGCUCUGCUCUCAGCAUUUGGAGACUUUAAAAUCACUCGUUUCACUUUUUAAAACCCACUUCGUCCACAGAUUUCAUCUUUCUUUUUUUAAAAUUUGAGUUUAAAUUAAACCAAACUCUCCCUGUGCUGUUUUUUAAUGCACGCAGACUUUAUUUUGCUGUUUGUUUGUUUUUUUUAAAUCACUGGAAGUUGUAGUUGUGCGCUAACAUGUGUUUAAAAAACAAAAAAAUGCAGUCUGCCAUGUGUCGAAAUGUGCUCUUGGAUCCUUGAAAUAAAGGAUUUUGUGCAAUCACA